AUGGUCACUGCGACAUCCGGUCCUUUGACUCAGUGUGAGAAGCACUUUAAAGCGGCCAAAGUCCUCCUUACCAACUGGCGGUUUGAAAUGUGGAUGAACGGUUAUGCUGAGGCAGUUCCUUAUGGCCCAGAGGGGCUGCUUCCAGAGCCUGUUCUCCACAAACUCGCUGCCAAGUGUGUUCAUAACCUCCCAGGGUUGUGUGACAGUGGCUGGAGUCCAUUUUCAGUGGAGCGCCAUGGUGACAACGUCCUGGCACGGCUCGAUGUUUUUGACCGAGCGUUUAGUGCCACCAAAGAAAUUGAAAGGCAGGAAAGAGCUGCAAAGAGAAAGCAGGAGAUAGCUGAGCGUAAUGCACACUAA